CCUUCCACCUCCAUUCCAUCAUCGCGUCUGAGACCCUUUGAUACCCAUUGGACCCCUCCUUCACUACGGAUAACUCGACCUCCCUUCCUGCAUCUCCCUGUACUACAUCGCUCUUUCAUCACCAUCUUCGGCCUGAAAUGACACAGGCGGCGCUGUAAUCGCUACAUUCACCUACACAGGACACGUACUGUGUCUCUAUUAUCUAUCAGCCAGUUCAACCUCAAUCUAUCCAGCGGUUGGAGGCAUCCGAUCCAUCAUUACUACCAUGUAUCCAGACGCGCAGAACCAGCAUCAUGGCUGGGCGUCGCUGGAAGAGAAGUAUGAAGUGAUGAAGGAGAUUGGCGACGGGAGCUUCGGUAGUGUCGCCCUCGCACGUGUCAGAACCGCAGGGUCGCACAUCGCUCGCCGAGGCACUUUGGUUGCGAUCAAGACGAUGAAGAAGACCUUCGACUCCUUCUCCAGCUGCCUCGAACUUCGCGAGGUUAUCUUUCUCAGGACCCUGCCUCCGCAUCCCCAUCUUGUUCCUGCCCUCGACAUCUUCCUGGACCCGUACAGCCGACGACUACACAUCGCCAUGGAGUUCAUGGACGGCAACCUGUACCAGUUAAUGAAGGCCCGAGAUCAUAAGCCAAUGGAUGCGCACAGCGUGAAGAGCAUAUUAUUCCAGAUCAUGUCCGGCCUGGAACACAUUCAUCAACGAGAAUUCUUCCAUCGCGACGUCAAGCCUGAGAAUAUCCUCGUUUCGACCUCGCAGCAGAACGACUCAUCGCAUCCAUUCCGCAGAUACUCCGCACUGAUGACUCCUCCUUCAACACCGCCUGUCUACACAAUCAAAAUCGCCGACUUUGGACUGGCGCGGGAGACACAUUCGAAGCUUCCUUACACGACAUACGUCUCGACGCGCUGGUACCGUGCCCCGGAGGUGCUUCUACGUGCGGGUGAGUAUUCUGCGCCAGUGGACAUCUGGGCGGUCGGUGCCAUGGCUGUCGAGAUCGCUACCCUGAAGCCUUUGUUCCCCGGAGGAAACGAGGUCGACCAGGUUUGGCGUGUCUGCGAGAUCAUGGGCAGCCCAGGUACUUGGGUGAACAAGUAUGGUCAGAAAGUGGGUGGAGGUGAAUGGAAAGAGGGCGUAAGAUUGGCACAGAAGCUGGGCUUCUCAUUCCCAAAGAUGGCCCCCCAUUCCAUGGACACGAUCUUGCAGCCACCUCAAUGGCCUGCGAGCUUGGCAAACUUUGUCACGUGGUGCCUCAUGUGGGAUCCGCGAGCCCGACCUACAUCGACGCAAGCAUUGGCUCAUGAGUAUUUCCAAGACGCUUUCGAUCCUCUGCGCUGCAAAUCGUCGUCCUCCAGGCUGCUUGGUCGCAAGCAAUCCGACCUCUCCGCGAAGGACUCGCCAGAUGCGUCGCCAAGCAUCACCUCAAAGACAUCCUCAUGGCUGCGCCGCUCGCUCGUGGCUCGAGAAAGCGCACCAGCCGUUCCCCAGCAUGCCUCGACGCGUCUUAUAUCGCCUAAGCCUUCACCUGCGCAUUCUGGUUCCGUGGACCCCGUUUCUUCGACCAAAAUCCGGCCCAAUCCGAGUAAGCGAGCUACGUGGACAAAUGGGGCCCCUUCCAAUGGCGCACCUAUCCCCAUUUUGCCCUCAAUCCGGCCUGUCUCCCCACUGUCUGAUGCAGUGACGGCGCAAGCAAGUGUGCGUCCUGCAGAAGGCGAGGAAAAGGCGGCAAAGAAGAUUGGCCGCCAAUUAUCCGUUGCCUCCCACGGCAACCACUAUGCAGAUAUUCAUCGCCAAGAGGCAGAAAGAGCGCUCAAUGGCCAGUCAGGCCUUGCGUCGCCGUCAAGUGGCCACAAGGAAAGUUUCUUUUCGCAUCUGAGGAAGCGAGCACGUCGCCUCUCUGGUCGUUAUCAGACCCCUCUGUCGCCCAACUCGGAUGAUAUUGAAGCCAGUGCAGGUUGCUCCCCGUGGGCCAGUGGCAAUAGGAAUAGCUCGAUGAUCAUUGAUCAAUCUCAGAUUGCUGCUGUGAUAGCUAGCAACUCCGAGGCCUCUGACCUGGACAAGACCUUGCACCAGGUCCGAUGCAGUCUUGAGGCCUCCGCUCAGACGGGUCAUCCUUCUAAGACAUCUCGCAUCGCCACUAAUCCGAUGCUAAAGCGUCAUCACUCGUUGCAUGGCUCCGACGUCCGCUCCUCCGAGCAUGGAGUUCAGCCUGGCGGUCCCGUCUCCAGCCGGACCAGGCGGGCGGUGCAGAGCAAAUCGAACCCUUCCAACCGCUACGAGACGCCCAAUGAGGAGGAAGAACUCUUGAACGAGGUCCUGACGUCGACGCAGAAGGCUGUGAAAAGAAUGGACAGGUCUACUCAAGACCCGCACAAAACGCCUGCCAGACAAAGCCAGCUGGACGGAGCUGCAGCAUCAUACCUCACUCCCUCCUCGUCGGCGAACCGCAACGAAGUAAGCUUCGGACAGUCGGACAAGAGCACGCCAACCAAGCCGCUGGAGAUCUCGAAAGUACGGACGACCAAAGAAGAAGGCCCCGCGAAGUGGCCUACUCCUCCUUAUGAUGAGUCGGACUGGGCAUCCAGCGUAGCCGCGAGCUUGAUGGCCACGCAGUCCCAGUAUCGGUAGCCGUUUCGCAUUCCUACUCUCCUAGUCCCGACUUACAUUCUCAACGCCCGCUUAAGCCAUA